GUCACGGCUCGGGUAAGCGUCAACACAGGGAUUCGUGACUGACAAUUCAAACAGUGUUAUAACACUGUUUGAUUCGGGUCGACCUGAAAUAAAAUGGUGUCUUUGCGCCCUUACGCGAACAAGCGAAAUAACGAAAAACGCGAAUUUUACUCUACGUAUGAGCAAAAUCUUCCAUCCGGCAAGAAACGGGAUCACACCGGGAAUGCAGGUGCUACAGCUCGCAUGCGCACGCCGACGUUCGCGCAGGGAGAGGAAGAUUUUGUGGGUAGCAAACGAAAGCCGUUUUCACCGGUUGCUCGGAAGGAAAAGCGACAAAAAAAGCGGACUGAGGAGCAGACCGCCCUACUUGGACAGUUGCGCCGACAGUGGCGCACACGUUCGGCAGAUGUGGUGGAGCUGUUCCCUGGAUCUGGUCAUUACCUGCCUGCCGCGCGGUUCCAGAAUUUUAAGGUCAACCUUACACCAGCUCGCGUACUGAUGGAUGCUGUGAACCUUGCGUUACUGUUUUUUGGAUCCGAAGACAAUGCCCUGCGCUUGUUUACUGGAGACCGCUUUGGGUUGAAGGGUGCCUUUGGCAACGACUUGCUGAGAGAUGUUUUGGGGUACAUCAAUCAGUACCAUCCAGGGAUCCUGGCAAAGCGUGCAAUGCCAAUUAAAGAGAUUGAAUUGCUGCAGGCUUUCAGCCGAAAGCUGUACUAUUAUCGCCGGAACCACUCCAAGCCUGAUCAGUCAGGAUACGCCGCGGACCUGGACUGAUGCAUUUGGAUGUCGACAUCCAUGGCUAUACUUGCCCCUGUGGCGAUAAUUAUCUUGAUAUGCAUUUUAUCUUGUUAUGCAUUUUAUCUUGUUAUGCAUCUUUGUUGCCUUUUUUGUAAUUUCUAGCGCUCUUUUAGUGCUCCGUUUAUGGUUCUGGCGCAUUAACCAAAAUCGAUUUUUUUAUCUAAUUAUGUUGGUAUUUUCGUGAGAAAGUAUGUCUCGGAUGUUGGU